AUGUCUCAAUCUGAAAAAUUAUAUAGUUCUAUCGAAAAAAAACUCUUAGAACCAACGGGAAGUACUCAUCCUAAUGAUACAUCAAUGCCCGCCUUCUGUGUUAAUCCGACGUAUCAACCUUAUGCUAUUGAAAAAGAACCGAUUAACGUGAAAGAACCAAUUAAAGUGAAAGAACCGAUUAACGUGAAAGAACCAAUUAACGUGGAAGAACCGAUUAACGUGAAGGAACCGACUAACGUGGAAGAACCGAUUAACGUGGAAGAACCGAUUAACGUGGAAGAACCGAUUAACGUGAAAGAACCGAUUAACGUGGAAGAACCGAUUAACGUGGAAGAACCGAUUAAUGUGGAAGAACCGAUUAACGUGGAUGAACUGUUUAAUCAAAUUAAUGUGGCGAUUUAUUUAUCUUAUUAUCAAUGUUAA